GACUUUAGAGGAAGAAAGUACAUGGGUUGCUGCGGAUUAGUCAGUUUCUCAGAUUCUGGGUGCGGAUUCGCCGAGAUGUUUGUGGUAUGUGUUGGCCAGGAGGGACUCAGAGGUUGUAGUCACUUCACCUGCAGGAGGCUGGCUUCUCUGCUGAGCCUGACCUGUUUGUGGUGAAGAGGAAGGCGGCUCAGGAUGAGCGAGCCUCGGGACUUCUGGGAAGAGUCCAUCUGAGAAAGCCGGUCUGCGCUCUUCCUCGGGGCCACCUUAGAGUAGGCUGAUGCGUUAGUGGCUUAUCAUGGCCCAGCGAGCGAUGUGGCUCAUAAGCCACGAACCGGGAACUCUACUGCGUGGCACCGUCAGAUUCUCCAGACGGUAUCCAACUGUUGAAAAACGAGCCAAAGUCUUCAAUGGAGCAACUUAUAUGCCUAUUCCUGAAGAUGAUCCCUUUCUUAAAGCACUACUCUUCGAACUUAGAUUAUUGGAUGAUGAUAAGGACUUCGUGGAAAGUCGUGAUAGCUGUUCACACAUCAAUAAAACAUCCAUCUAUGGACUCCCAGUAGGAGGUGAAGAACUCUGGCCAGUUGUUGCUUUUCAGAAGAAUGGCAUGAUAUAUGCUUGUGUUCCACUAGUUGAACAGACUUUGUCCCCUCGUCCACCAUUAAUUAGCAUUAGUGGAAUUUCACAAGGCUUUGAACUUCUUUUUGGAAUACAGGAUUUUCUUUAUUCAGGUCAAAAAAAUGACACUGAGCUAAAUACAAAAUUGAGCCAGUUGCCUGACUUGCUUCUACAGGCUUGUCCAUUUGGAACUUUAUUAGAUGCCAAUUUACAGAAUUCAUUGGAUAGUAUUAAUUUUGCUUCUGUGACUCAUCCACAAAAACAGCCAGCCUGGAAAGCUGGAACAUACAAAGGCAAACCACAGGUUUCUAUUUCAAUCACUGAAAAGGUAAAAUCCAUGCAAUAUGAUAAACGGGAUGUAGCAGAUACGUGGCAAGUUGAUGGAGCUGUCACUUGCAAGUGUGAUUUAGAAGGAAUCAUGCCGAAUGUUACCAUCAGCUUGAGUCUCCCCACCAAUGGAUCUCCACUUCAGGAUAUUCUAGUUCAUCCUUGUGUGACUUCUCUUGACUCUGCCAUUCUGACGUCUAGUAGCAUUGAUGCAAUGGAUGAUUCUGCAUUUAGUGGACCUUAUAAAUUUCCAUUCACUCCACCUUUAGAGUCAUUCAACUUAUGCUACUACACUUCCCAGGUCCCUGUCCCACCAAUUUUGGGUUUUUAUCAAAUGAAAGAGGAAGAAGUACAACUAAAAAUAGCAGUUAAUUUAAAACUUCAUGAGAGUGUGAAAAAUAAUUUUGAAUUCUGUGAAGCCCAUAUACCAUUUUACAAUAGAGGUCCAAUCACACAUGUGGAAUACAAAGUUAGUUUUGGCCAGCUCGAAGUAUUUCGAGAGAAAAGCUUAUUGAUCUGGAUUAUCGGACAGAAGUUCCCAAAAUCAAUGGAAAUUGGUCUUUCUGGAACUGUAACUUUUGGAGCCAAGGGUCAUGAGAAGCAGCCGUUUGACCAGAUUUGCAUUGGAGGUACAGCAUAUUUAAAGCUUCAUUUUAGGAUCUUAGAUUACACACUCACUGGAUGUUAUGCAGAUCAGCAUUCAGUUCAAGUUUUUGCAUCAGGAAAACCAAAAAUAAGUACAAACCGGAAACUAAUUUCUUCUGACUAUUACAUCUGGAAUUCUAAAGCUCCUGCUCCGGUAACAUAUGGAUCAUUAUUACUGUAAUUGUCCCAUGUUUAAAUGGGACUUAUACAAUAGUAACAUAAAUUAAAUCAUAGUCUUUCAUUUUUAAUGUGUAUGCAUAUAACCUAUGAGUGAAAAAUCAGUGAGUGAUUUAAUUAUGAAAAUGCUCUUGUUUAAUGUUUUUGGUCUGACAUAGUUGGAAAGACCAUUUGGAAGACUAAGUCUCCAAUUUUGUUACCAUUUGAUUUUACUCGUGUUAGAGUAUAUGUUGUAUGUUUUAUGUUAGAGCACAAAACAGUGAUUCACUUUAGGCUUGUUUUGAACUAGUCCUGGGUCAUCCUGCCACACAUGUUCCUUCCUGCCCCUGUGGCAGACAUGGCUAAUCAGUCACAGCUCUCUUUCUCCACUGAGCCUUCCUGAAUACUGGCUCAGGCUCCUCCUCAGUGCAAAGCUGCAGGCAGCCACUCCCAAUGGAUUGUAGAUGUCUUGCAAGAUAAAAAGCCGUUUGCUCUUUCAAACUGAGUACUAAGCUCCUAGUACAGUAUAUUGUUACAGAAUACCAGAGACCACAGUAGAAACAGCUGUCAAUCUCUUGAAAAAACAGCCAAUGAAAGCGAACGAAAAUUGUUUAAAUAUUAACCUGUUCUUAAUCAGAACUAUCCUAUUGACUAAUAAAGAAUCUGCAUAAUUCUAUUUAAGGUGUUUAUCUCUGCUCUAGAGUUACUUUUCUGGUAAGCUUAUUAAUAUGCCACAGUAACAUUUUGCUUAAGAUGUCAGUAGGCAUGUUAAGAGCGGGGGUAUACCUUCAGAAGAUGAGCAUAGUGUUUUGUGAUCACUUAAUGUCUGCAGCCAAAUUUUUGAAGAUAAAUUUAGGUAUAAUAUUGCUUUUUUCCUGUAUUAUUAUAUUGAAAAUCAUUAAUAAAUGAAUUCAGGUCAAAAUUUAAAAGCCA